AUGUGUCAGUUCACUGCAAGCUGCUCUAGUGAAGACACUGUGGCUCUCAUCACUGCAAACUGCUCCGAGAUUUGUUUCAUCAAACAGAGGCUUAAUCCUGUCCAGACAAUUUACCUUGGCGACGACCUUGACCCCAUCACUGUGAUAUGCCAGGAGGGAUGGACACUCAUUCAACACAAGACUGACGAAGGUGGCGUAGAUUUUGAUCGCAAUUGGGAUGAGUACAAAACUGGCUUUGGCAAUGUUAAGGAAGAUGGAGACUUUUGGCUUGGCAAUGACAUUAUUCAUCAGUUGACAAAACACCAGGACUACAAAAUCCAUAUUGAUAUGAUAUCGCAUGACUUUACAUGGUACUUUGCCGAAUACAAGAACUUCUCUAUUGGCACUGAGGAAGACAACUACAAACUUCGUGUGGGUAAAUUCCACGGAUCUUUACCUGAUGCCCUGAACAUAAACAACAUGCAGUAUGUUUCCAACGGUCAAGCCUUCACGACGAAAGAUCACGAUAAUGAUGGCUGGGCUGGAGGGAAUAAUGCUAAUGCCUAUGGAGGUGGCUGGUGGUAUAACUACGGUACCAAUGCACCGCUUAAUGGAUGGAGCAUGUGGUACCAAGGAAAGAAAGACCCUAUAUACCUCAAGAGAGUGACCAUGAAAAUAAGACCAAUGACCCAAGAUGACCAGUUUUAGGAAAUAAUAUAUUUUCAUCAUAAUGAUAUCAGUGCAUUGUUUGGACAUCAUCUUUUUUCUUAGCUCCCUUAUAUUUUUUAUCCAUUCUUUUAUAGACAAUGAAAUUUUUUGACGAUGAGUAAAAUGUUUGUAAAUGAAAGCUGGAACCCUUGAUGGUUCUUAGGGAAGGUGACAUUUUACAUAAAAUCGGCAUCUCAGUUAGGCUUUAAAAUCUAAAAUAUUGAACAUCAAUUUGGACACGAGGAUGGGGAGAUACAUAAUUAUCUUAAGAUGUUUAAGUAUAGAGUUUAUCUCUUUUUUUCCACAUAAUUAGAAAAAUAUUAGGAAUUAGAUGCAUCUUCUACAUUCUGUGCAGUUUUCACAAAUAUUGGCAAUUUUUUUAUGUAUUGACAAAUUUUUAAAAAAAUAUUCGUGAACAAUUAGUUUUAAUUUUUUUAUCUGUAUCUAUUUCUGCAACAAAAAGUUGUAUUGUACAGAUCAGAAAAGCCAUUUCACUGCCCUACGGAUUGUAUGUUUUAUUCAAAUAUAAAUAUGUAUCCAAUUUUACAUUAAACAUUAAUUCAAUAGCAUCCACCUAUUUAUAAUUUACAACUAUUGGUAGCUCACUUUUUUGCUUGUUUUAAUUUAGCAAAAUUUGAAAAUUAUAAUCUGGAAUAUUUUCCUGAAUAGCACCUCAUCGAGGUAUUAAGUGUUUAAUGAUCAGUUGAUCUCAAGAUUUUUCAUAAUCAAAUAGCCUAUUUACUCUAGAGAGAAAAAAUCUACAUGUGUAUUUUAUUGUUAAUAAAGAUUUUUAAAAGGUGUUAAAAAAAGAAAUUUUAUAAUGAGAGUCCACAGAACCAGUUACGUGUGGUAUUAAAUAUAACAUACAUGUAACAUCAAUUUU